CCGCGGAGCGUCCGCCAGCUGAGGGAGGCCGAGGAGGCCGCCCCGGUCUUCCAGUACGCGGGGAAGGCGGCGAAGCGGAAGGACCGCGUCUUCGUGUGGGGCUUCUGCUACUCGGGCGCCCUCGGCGUGCCCAGCUUCGUGAAGCCGGACGUGGGCUGGAAGAAGCCGCGGCGGAUCCAAGCCACGCCCUACCGGCUGGGGACGGAUUCAAAGAUAUCCUCUGCUGCCUGCGGUUAUGGGUUCACGCUGCUGUCCUCUCGUACCACGGACAUCACCAAAGUGUGGGGCAUGGGACUGAACAAGGAUUCACAGCUCGGAUUCCAGAGAAGCAUAAGAGAUCGAACUAAGGGCUAUGAAUAUGUCUUGGAACCAUCUCCAAUUCCAUUACCACUGGAGAAGCCGCAGCAGACUCGAGUCUUGCAGGUGUCCUGUGGGAGAGCCCAUUCCCUGAUCCUGACAGAUAGUGAAGGAGUUUUCACCAUGGGGAACAAUUCUUAUGGACAGUGUGGCCGGAAGGUUAUUGAAGAUGAAACUUACAGUGAAAGCCAUCUGAUUCAUCAGCUGAAGGAGUUUGACAGCAGAGUUGUCCAGGUUGUGUGUGGGCAGGACCACAGUCUGUUUAGAACCAAGAAGGGUGCAGUCUAUGCAUGUGGAUGGGGAGCUGAUGGACAAACAGGUCUUGGACACUACAACAUCACCAGUGUUCCUACUAAGCUACAUGGUGACAUUGCUGGAGUAAACAUCAUCCAGGUCUCUUCCUAUGGGGACUGUUGCCUGGCUGUUUCAGAUGAAGGAGAUGUCUUUGGUUGGGGAAAUUCAGAAUACUUGCAGUUGGCAUCUGUCACAGAAACCACACAGGUGAACGUUCCCAGACAUUUGCCAUUCAAAAUUGGGAAGAUAAAGGAGGCUGCAUGUGGAGGCACUGGCAAUAUUGUGCUAACAGAAGAAGGAAAUGUUUUUGUCUGGGGAUACGGAAUUCUUGGGAAAGGACCAAACCUAAUAGAGACAGCAGUGCCAGAGAUGAUCCCACCCAGCCUUUUUGGCUGGUCAGACUUCAGUCCGGACAUCCGUGUUGCUCACGUUCGCUGUGGACUCAGCCACUUUGCAGCACUUACAAACAGAGGAGAACUGUUUGUAUGGGGCAAGAAUCUAAGAGGGUGCCUGGGAACUGGAAGAAUGGAAGACCAGUAUUUCCCAUGGAGGGUGACUGUACCCGGUGAGGUGGUGGAUGUUGCGUGUGGAGUUGACCAUAUGGUAAGCAUGGUUAAGUCUUUCGCCUAGUAAUAUUGCACUGCAUUAAGAAGAUGGGGGGACUUGGUGAUGAGCUUCUUGGAAAGGAAGACUCAUCCUUGGAGUGAAGCAAGAAGUGACUGUGAGCAGGGACAGCCAUAGCAGUGCCUGGGUGUGUUGUCAUCUCUGCAUCGUUGAAACACUCUGGCCUGGCAGCAGAAAGGAAGUACAUUCCCUGAGGAGAGUGGAAGUGCAAGGAGUGCUCUGGCUGGUUCAUGAUGAGCUCCCAAAGAGACUGAGGCCCAGCCCACAGCUGGUGAGUCCCUCUGUGCCUAAGGAUGAAGAGCAUCUCCCU